AUGGAAAAGCUCGAGAAGAAGAGGAAAAGAAUUCAGGAGGAAGAGCCGGAUUCUGGCAACGUCGGUCGGACCAAACGGUGGGUUCGACAAAGGUUCCUCGGCGCAGGACAAUUCGGUACGGUUUUCUUGGCUAGUCCGGCCAAACCAGGUUCCAAACUGCCGCCGGUUAUGGCCGUGAAGUCGGCGAUGCUCUCGGAAUCUGCCGACUUGGUUAAAGAAAGUCGACUUCUCAAGAAAUUCAAGAACUGCCCUUUUAUCCUUGACACUUACGGCAGCGAUGUGACUAAAGAUGUUGAAGGUGAGGAGUGGUUCAACGUUUUCUUGGAGUAUGCUCAAAGAGGAACCAUAGAGGAUUGGAUUCAGAAACUCAAGAAUUUCGGGUUGCAUGAGCUGCACGUAAGGAGGUAUACACAGUCACUAUUGAAGGGGCUCAAGUACAUUCAUGGAAAGGGUUUUGUGCACUGUGACAUUAAGCCUGCCAAUGUAUUGCUAGUGCGUGACGGUCCUGAUGAUACCGGGUUUGGAUCUUACGUGGCGAAAAUUGGGGAUUUAGGGCUGGCAAAGAGGGCUGACAAGUACAAUGUGAUGAAGCGUUCUGAUUAUAUAAAUGGCACUGAGUUGUAUAUGUCUCCAGAAGUAUCGCUUCACAACAUUCAGGAGCCGCCAGCCGACAUCUGGGCAUUAGGCUGCACUGUUCUGCAGAUGUUAACCGGGAUGGAGUUUUGGGAUGUGAACACUGACUUAAGAGAUGACUGGGGGGUUCCGAUUGAGAUUCCGAUUAUCCCUGAAAGGCUGAGCAACGAGGCUAAGGAUUUCUUGGGGAAGUGCUUCAUAUUGGACCCUUUGGAGAGAUACACGGCUGAGAUGCUUUUGAAGCACCCUUUUAUGUGCAAAAGCUUGCGAAUAUGGACAGUCUCAUCUCGUGAAUUGGUUACAAGAAGCCGAGUUUGCCAAGGACCAGCUGCAAUUCCUCUAAUGGGUGCGAGAGCUGUACCUAGUGCCAGUUUUGAUCUCUUUUAUCUUUCUCUUGGUUGUUUUAAGGUUCCGGAAAUUGAUGAUGCAAGAGGAAGAAGAUGCCAUUACAAGAAAUCGUCAAAGAGCCCUGGUGAUGCAGGCAGCUUCCUCUCAUAUCUUGAGGAUCCAAGAGGAAGAAUCACAGUGGGGCUUCCGGCAGACCUGUGUGAUGAGUUUCUAGACGUAGCUGAAUCUACAGCUUUGGAGAUCUUGUCGCACUUUACUAGAGCAAUCUCGAAUGUGUACCACGAUCAAUACCUUCGUCGACCAACUCCGACAGAUUUGCAACGGUUGCUCGAUGUUGCCGACAAAAGGGGGUUCCCCGGAAUGGUGGGAAGUCUCGAUUGUUCCCUUAAUGAUAUUAAUGUACUUGGAAUGUCUCCAUUAUUCAAUGAAAUAUGCACAAGUGAGGCUCCUCGAGUUUCGUACCAUGUAGGUGCUAGAGAAUAUGGCCAAUGCUACUACCUAGUCGAUGGGAUCUAUCCUAAAUGGGGAUCUUUUGUGAAAGCAAUUAGAAAUCCAAUUACGCCUGAGCAAGCUCAUUUUACAAAGAUGCAGGAGUCAUAUAGAAAAGACGUGGAGAGGGCUUUUGGCAUUCUCCAAGCUGGUUUUGCAAUAGUAAGAGGACCUGCCCAUGGAUGGGAUAGAGAGGAUCUCCAAUACAUCAUGAUGACUUGCAUUAUUUUGCACAACAUGAUUGUCGAUGAUGAGCGUGAAGAAGAUGAAGAUUCGUCUAUUGACCUCGAUGAUAUCCCCACCAGACCAAGGAAAGCACAAAUAUGA